AGUAAAAUAACACAUUUGCUGGUAGAUGAUAGAAACAAUACAACCUUUGGAUGGAGAUUAGACACAUGCGCUGAUUACAUUUCCACCAAAGAUUUCCCUGUUUAACUCACCCCACCAAACUUCCUACUUAACUCCCUUCCCCCGUCUAAUCACCCAUUCUUUACCCCAUCGUCUCGUCGUCUCCACCCCCCCAAACCCUAGACGCAACCCGCCGCCCGGCGCCCGCGGCCAUGGAUCUCCUCCGCUCCCACCUCCACAAGGUCCGCAUCCCGGAGCCCACCAACCGCAUCCACAAGGACGAGUGCUGCGUCUCCUUCGACACCCCGAGGUCGGAGGGCGGCUUGUACGUGGACAUGAGCUCGUUCCUGGGGUUCGGGAGGGAGCACGUGGCGUGGAACUACGAGAAGACGGGGAACCCCGUAUACCUCCACAUUGUGCAGCGCCGGAAGCCGGAGUCCGACGAGGCCGAUCGCCCGCUGAAGAAGCCCACCCUCCUCGCCAUAGGUGUGGAAGGAGGCUUUACUGAUCAAGAACCUGAAUAUGAUGAGACUUUUGAAAUCGUCAUCUUACCUGAAUUUAUCUCUCUUCCAUUCCCAUCGGUUGAAUUGCCAGAGAAGGUUAGGCUUGCAGUUGAUAAAGUUAUACUUGCUGAAAGUGCUGAUAGGAAACAGCAACUGGCUGCUUGGGUUGCUGACAAGAAAAAAAUUAGUGCAUAUGCUAUGGAUCUGCAGCAAUUAGACAACGGUGUUAUUGUGCCUCCUACUGGAUGGAAGUGUAGCAAAUGUGAUAAAACUGAGAAUCUCUGGUUGAAUUUAACUGAUGGUAUGGUCCUCUGCGGGAGGAAGCUUUGGGAUGGAAGCGGUGGGAAUAAUCAUGCCAUUGAACACUACAAAGAGACUAAAUACCCUCUCGCGGUAAAGCUUGGAACAAUUACUUCUGAUUUGGAAGCAGCAGACGUUUUCUCGUACCCGGAAGAUGAUAGUGUUGAAGAUCCACUAUUAGCUCAGCACUUAUCGCAUUUUGGUAUUGAUUUUUCUUCACUUCAAAAGACUGAGAUGACUACUGCCGAGAGAGAACUUGAUUGCAACACAAAUUAUGACUGGAAUAGAAUACAAGAAAGUGGAAAAGAUGCUGAACUUCUAUUUGGACCUGGCUAUACUGGCCUUGUAAACCUAGGGAACAGUUGCUAUAUGGCUUCAAUAAUGCAAGUCAUGUUCUCAACUCAUCCUUUCAUAUCAAGAUACUUCGAGAAGCAGAGUUUGAAAGCUGCAUUUGCAACUUCACCCGCUGAUCCAACAUUGGACCUAAACAUGCAAAUGACAAAAUUAGGACAUGGUUUGCUCUCCGGUAAAUAUUCUGCACCAGCUAAGGAGGGGCAGGAAGGUAUACGUCCUCGCAUGUUCAAGACAGUUAUUGCUGCGAACCAUUCUGAAUUUUCUAGUAUGAGGCAACAGGAUGCCCUUGAAUUCUUCCUUCAUCUUAUUGACCGAGUUGAUCAUGCGAACCCUGGAAACUAUGAGUCAAAUCCUUGUACAGGAUUCAAGUUCAUUGUUGAGGAGCGGGUUCAAUGCCCUUCCGGGAAAGUUUCUUACAACACACGUUCUGACAACAUUCUUUCUUUGAGCAUACCAUUGCAUGAAGCGACGAAUAAAGAGCAGCUAGAAGCGUUUAGUGAGAAAAAGGCUGCAAUGGACUUGGAUGGGAAAGAAGUGUGUAACGAGGAAAUUGUGAGGCCUAGAGUUCCAUUGGAGGCAUGCUUAGCAAGUUUUUCAGGCCCUGAGGAAAUUCCUGAUUUUUACAGCACUGCACUAAAUUCGAAAACGACUGCAACUAAGACUGCUGGCUUUAAAACCUUUCCUGAUUACCUGGUGCUGCACAUGCGUAAGUUUGUAAUGGAAGCAGGAUGGGUGCCAAAAAAACUCGAUGUCUAUAUAGAUGUGCCAGAUACAAUUGAUAUCUCGCACAUGCGCAGCAAAGGUGUGCAGCCUGGGGAAGAGCUGCUACCUGAAGGAGCUUCUGGUGACAACAGUGCUGAAACUGCUCAUCCUGCUGCCAGUGAGGAUAUUGUAUCCCAGCUUGCAAGCAUGGGGUUCAAUUACCUUCAUUGUCAGAAAGCUGCUAUUAACACAUCAAACACAGGAGUUGAGGAGGCAAUGAAUUGGCUUCUCUCACACAUGGAUGAUCCAGAUAUAGAUGACCCAAUAUCAAAAGAUCCACGAGCUUCUGAACAAUCUGUUGAUGAAGCAAGUGUUCAAACUCUCGUUUCCUUUGGAUUUCAGGAAGAUGUUGCCAUAAAGGCCCUGAAAGCUUCUGGUGGUAAUAUUGAGAAAGCUACCGACUGGAUUUUCAAUCACCCUGAAGCAUCAAGCUCAGUAUCUGUCGAUUCAUCAACUAGCAAUGUAAAAGCUGAUGACACGGACAUACCAGAUGGAAAUGGCAGAUACAAGCUGAUGGCAUUUGUGAGCCAUAUGGGCACCUCUACCUACUGCGGGCACUAUGUCGCCCAUGUCCUCAAAGACGGGAGAUGGGCAAUCUUCAACGACAGUAAGGUUGCUGCAUCUGUUGACCUGCCCAAGGAUAUGGGCUACCUCUAUUUCUUUCAGAGGAUAAGCGGCUAGACACAUCACAGGCAAAAUACCAUCUCGACUGAAGUCAUAGUUCAUGCACUCGCAUCAUCGAAAGAAUGGCGGACUGUAGAAUGCUGUCAUGCUGAUUUUAAAGCGACUGUUUCAUCUCAUUCUGCCAUGCUGAUUACAGAUUGAUCAGCUGGGAUAUUGCGUUGUUCCUUGAGACGUUAUAGAGUGGCACCUCCAAGUACAUCUGUGUUGUUUACUAUGUGAAUGUUACUCCUUUUGCAUUGGUGGUUUUCUUUGACUCGCGCCAUAGUUUUUUUCUUUUCUUUCUGAUAGAUUGGAAAUUAACUAAAUGCGAACGUUAUUGUGUGUUUAUUUUCAGGCGGUACUAAACUAUUUAAUUGUAGCAAGAGCACUGGUAUAACGUGUAAGCAUUUGUCGCUUCCUCUGCA